AAUCCACCCACACCCAUACCCAUACCCGCAAUUCGCCCACCCACCCACAUACCUACACCCAUCAUGCACACCCUCGCACUUGUGACGCUGCUGGUAGCUGUGGUCGUCGCUACUGUCACUGGGUAUCCUGGCGCUGCGUCGCAACCGUUCGGCCACACCCGCGGCCGCGCACAUGACAAGACCAUCGACGGUGGUUCUGGACACGGCCUGCCUAAUGUGACCCAUGCACUGGCCGGAGGCGGUAGUGGAAGCAGGAAGGCUCAGUUUGUGCACACAUUUGUCAACCGGAGCCUGGACGGCGUGAGGUACACGGGGCAUCUGCUGGUGCUGGACAACCCGUCACCGGGCACCUUUGCGCUCCUCCCGCCGUAUCCCGGUGGAUGUGGGACAAAGGCUUAUACAACGAGCACAGCGGCAGCCGGGCGCUGUCUGGCGGCGACCAACGCUGGCUUCUUUGACGUCGCCACGGGCGCCUGCCUCGGAUCGCUGGUCUCGGACGGCAAGGUCGUCCAGGCUUCGACGCUGGUCCGGCCGUCGUUCGGCAUGCUAGCCGCAAACGCACACCGGACGCAUCCGGUCUUCUUUGCUGGCUACGUGGCAGCAACAACCGAGACCGAACUUGCUUCUGCUGGCUUUGUCAACCUUGUGUCUGGUGUCGGCUGGCUCGUUGCCAACGGUACCUCGUUCCUGAAUGCCUCGAUCGCCAUCGAGCACCCGUCGCCGAGUUUUGUGGCCGAGGCCGCACCGCGGCUGGCCAUUGGCCACGACGCCGACGGCCGGCUAAUGAUUCUCGAGGUCGACGGUGACGAGAUCUUCAAGACCGGGCCGAACCUGGUCCAGCUCACUGCCCUCGCGCUCGAUCUCGGCUUCUACAAUGCUGUCAACCUCGACGGUGGCGGUUCGGACACCGUCGUGCUCGGCUCGUCAAUCUGCUCCUCGUGUGGCGCGCUCAACCAGACGUGCACCGACAUCAAGGCAUCCGCCACGCCGACCAUGCCCGCCGCCUCCGCGCCGCCCACGCCGGCCGGCGAAUACAUGCCCUGCAUCAAGUGCGGCUACGCCGCCGGCCACAACCUCCACAUACCGCUCUGCCAGCGGCUGGUCACCUCGAUCACCUGCAUCCGCGACACGCCAGAUGAGAUCCUCACCACACCGUAGGGGCCGCGCGCCUGCAACUGUUCCAUGGUCAUCCGACAAUCUAAAGCUCCAUCCGCCG